AUGGAAAACCGGAAGCGAUCUCGUAAGAGUACGUUAGCAGAGGCCGAUUCUGAUAGACCCGACGAAAAGACAAAACGCGCCGUUCAAAGUAGCUCCGCGAGUGAAAAUGACGAGGAAGUUGCAACGUCUGAUUUCAGUGACAAUCCUCCCUUAUCUUCAACAUCGUCCAGCACAGGAGAAAUCAACUUUGGUGAGGAUCCCCAAAGAGCGGCUCUGCUACCCAUGUUAGAGGAAGCUUUGCGAAGGAUGCUGCCGGGGGAAAUUUUCAGUCAAUGUCUCCAACGCCUCUCACGAAGCAAUAUGGAGGAGUUUAACUACCUGAGUGAGCUGCAUACUACAGUACUCCACCAAUAUGAGCUGCUGUUAAUGAAGUUAAAACGAGAGGCAGUCUUGCUUAAGGCCCUUGAGGAGGCUGCCCGUACGCAAGCUCAAUUGCAGCCUCUGUGGUUUUUGAGAUGGACUGAUACUCCGAACGUUGUGAGCGGUCCGUUCUUAGAACAGAAAAUGCGAGAAUGGGCAUCGAAGGGAUAUUUUCUUAAAAAGAAGGCUGAGGUGCUUAGUGGUACUGCGCUGCGAGUACAAUGGAAAAGUGCUACGGAUACUUUUAAGUAAAUUUAGUGAGGUGCGACGUGCUCGAAGGUCUGCAUGCUAACAUGACCUACAGUAGCGGGAUGUCGUGCCGCUUUAAA